UGCUUUGCACAAGAUUAUAGAUUUUUCUUAAGCGUUGCUGCUGCUCAUCUUCCUGGCUGUCAUUGUGGUUGGACACAUAGGCAACACUCGUGGGACAAAUGCUUAUAGCUGGAAAGGGAAUCUCCGAAACGUGCACAUCCGUGCGCUCAAUGGUAGUUUGCACCCAGUAACUGAAGUAACGCUCCGAGGAUAUAAUGCAGACAUAGAUAGUCAUGCCUGUGGCCAACAAUUGCAACAGUAUGCAACGCACUCUUAAAAAUGGCAGCAGCUCUGACUCUGGCAAACAGUCAAGCAGUCGCAGUAGUUACAACAUGGUCAGGUCAGAUAACGCAGCUAAAUCUGCGGCCACCAGCAGCGCCAGUGGCAGCGACAAACGCUUUACAGUUUUGCUAAGCGAUUAUUUUCGCUACUACUGCGAUAGAUCAACCAUUCAUUGUGUGAGAUAUCUAUACGAUCCCAGGCUCCAUAAUGUGGAAAGACUCAUCUGGUGCGUGCUGCUGGUCAUUAGCGUCACACUCUGCUGUUCGUUUUUUAUGCUGCUCUCGGAGCGUUACAAUGCACAGAAGCUGCAGACUGUCAUUGAGGAUCCACAGUAUCCAGUAUUCUAUGUAGAAUUUCCCGCAGUUGCUGUGUGCACCGAAAAUCGCAUCAAUUGGAGCAAGCUGGAGGCAGCCAAGACACAAUUUUUGCCUGUCAAUGCCAGCGAGGAGUUGGUUACAACUUUUACCGAGCUUAUUAUACUGCUGGAAACGCUGCGCUUUAACUCCUUUGAGAACAAUAUGUCUGAGCUGGAGGAUCUGAAUCUGGAGGCCUUGGAUUUUAUAAAUCUGAUUGAUUUGGUGCAUUUUAUGGCGCUGCGCUGCGAGGAUAUUUUGUUGCCUGGCUCGUGCACAUGGAACUUUAAGCAAUUUAAAUGCUGCGAUUACUUUAUGCUGGAGAAAACCGAAUAUGGUUUAUGUUUAGUUUAUAAUUCAGAAACGUCAUUUGCUAGCCAAGCUAUAAAGCAGCGUGAGGGCAGCCAGUAUUAUCCAAAACACAAUGCAAAAUCGGGUCAGGCCUCAGGACUUAGAUUUAAUUUAUUGGUAGACGAGCGUUUCAAGCGACCAGCAUCCAGAGCUAGCGAUAUUAUCUAUAUUAUGAUCAAGCGACCCAAGCAAAUAACAAAUGUGGUCUACUCCAUUAUACCGCAUACGGAGACUUUGGUUACAGUGCGUCCGCAACUAACAAGCACAGAUGAGAACACACGUCAUAUAGAUCCAAAGCGGCGCAACUGUCAAUUUCCCAAUGAGCAGCAUGACUUUGGUGUCAGUGACAGCAGAAGACGCUACGAUCGGCUAUUCUUGCAACUCAACUGCUAUAGCUAUUGCCAUGAGUCUUACCUGGUCAAGCUGUGCAACUGCAGUUUGCCCUUUUUCUUUGCCAACAAUGAAAACGUUGGCAACUGCACAGCGUCUAGUCUGCGUUGUCUAGCUCAGCAUAAUGAUAUUUUUGCCUACGACAAGCACUAUGAGGAGGACAACUACUUUAGCGACAGCAAGCCAGGCAUGACUUGUCCUUGCUUGGUAAGCUGCAAUCUCUUGGAGUACUACACCUCAACUACAACGCUGCCACUAACUAUGCAUACUAUACAUAAUCUCACCGAACGCCAGAAGCUCUACAAGGUGGAUGUGCACUAUCAGGUGGAGAUGAUGAUUACCUAUCGCACCAGCUUGGAGUUUAGCAGCAUUGAUUUAAUUGCCAAUCUGGGCGGCAUCUUUGGUCUUUGCCUGGGCGCUUCAAUGGUUAGUGGCGUGGAGCUGCUGUACUCCUUGACUGUGGGCUUUGCUUUGCAUCUUUAUGACCACGCCUACUAUGCUGUGCUACGUGUGCACUGGCAGCAAAAGUGGCGCAACUGGCAGCGCUAUUUGCAUAACGAAUUUGUUGUAAAUCAACAGAAUGUAGCAGCUACAACGGAAGCCUUACACACUAAUAAUAAGCUGCGACAUCCGUUUAAAGCAAGAGCAAAUGCUUGGUAAACAUUUAUUCAAG